AAAAAAAUUCGAAGCGAGAAGACGUGCGCUCAUCAAUUGCGGUCAAAAUCUUUGUGAGUGAAGUGUCUGUGUGUAAAAGUGCGUUGCAGUCGAAUAUCCAAUAGCCAAUAGCCUAUAGCCUAUAGUCUAUAGACGCUGAUUACCGAUUAGCAGAAAAGGAAUUAUUCAUUAACGGCCGCAGAAAGCUAAACAGAGGGAAACAUCAAAGUGCCGCCAAGAUGUCGGAAGAAGUAGAUCGCAACGAUCCGGAGCUCAAGUAUCUCUCUGUGGAGCGCAACCAGUUCAACGAUCCGGCCACACAGGCCGAGUGGACACAGAAGCGUCUGGUGUGGGUGCCGCACGAGAACCAGGGCUUUGUGGCCGCCAGUAUUAAGCGAGAGCAUGGCGACGAGGUCGAAGUGGAGUUGGCCGAGACUGGCAAGCGGGUGAUGAUCCUGCGCGAUGAUAUACAGAAGAUGAAUCCGCCAAAGUUCGACAAAGUCGAGGACAUGGCCGAGCUGACGUGCCUAAACGAGGCCUCCGUUUUGCACAACAUCAAGGACAGAUACUACUCUGGCCUGAUCUAUACAUAUUCCGGUCUUUUCUGCGUUGUGGUCAAUCCCUACAAGAAACUACCAAUAUACACCGAAAAAAUAAUGGAACGCUACAAGGGCAUAAAGCGACACGAAGUUCCUCCUCAUGUAUUUGCAAUAACGGAUAGUGCCUAUAGAAACAUGUUAGGUGAUCGCGAAGACCAAUCGAUUUUGUGUACUGGCGAAUCGGGUGCUGGCAAGACGGAGAACACCAAGAAGGUUAUCCAGUUUCUAGCUUAUGUGGCAGCCUCCAAACCCAAGGGCUCGGGUGCGGUGCCUCAUCCUGCCGUUCUCAUUAGUAGUCAUCAAGAGACAUUUGCGGGUGAGUUGGAGCAACAACUGCUGCAGGCGAAUCCCAUACUGGAAGCCUUCGGCAACGCCAAGACCGUCAAAAACGAUAACUCAUCGCGUUUCGGCAAAUUCAUCAGGAUUAAUUUCGAUGCCUCAGGCUUCAUCUCGGGGGCCAAUAUCGAAACCUAUCUUCUGGAGAAGUCUCGUGCCAUUCGUCAAGCGAAGGACGAACGAACAUUCCAUAUUUUUUACCAGUUGCUGGCGGGGGCUACACCGGAGCAGCGCGAGAAGUUUAUACUAGAUGACGUCAAGUCCUAUGCAUUCCUGUCCAAUGGCAGUCUGCCCGUGCCCGGCGUGGACGACUACGCCGAGUUUCAGGCAACGGUCAAAUCGAUGAACAUAAUGGGCAUGACGUCCGAGGACUUUAACUCGAUAUUCCGCAUAGUAAGUGCCGUUCUUCUCUUCGGAAGCAUGAAAUUCCGUCAAGAACGUAACAACGACCAAGCUACGCUGCCGGACAACACGGUGGCCCAGAAGAUCGCGCAUCUACUCGGUCUUAGUGUUACGGACAUGACUCGAGCCUUCCUGACGCCACGCAUCAAAGUGGGUCGCGACUUUGUCACUAAAGCUCAGACAAAGGAGCAGGUUGAGUUCGCUGUAGAGGCCAUUGCUAAAGCGUGCUACGAGCGCAUGUUUAAGUGGCUGGUAAACCGCAUUAACCGUUCCCUAGACCGCACUAAGCGCCAGGGUGCAUCCUUCAUCGGCAUUCUCGACAUGGCAGGCUUUGAAAUAUUUGAGCUAAACUCCUUCGAGCAGCUAUGCAUUAACUAUACCAAUGAAAAACUGCAGCAGCUAUUCAACCAUACCAUGUUCAUUUUGGAGCAAGAGGAGUACCAGCGCGAGGGCAUUGAGUGGAAGUUCAUCGACUUUGGACUGGACCUACAGCCUACCAUAGAUCUGAUCGAUAAACCCGGUGGCAUAAUGGCUCUGCUGGAUGAGGAGUGCUGGUUCCCUAAGGCCACCGACAAGACCUUUGUUGACAAGCUAGUAUCGGCCCACUCCAUGCAUCCAAAGUUUAUGAAAACCGAUUUCCGCGGUGUCGCUGACUUCGCUAUCGUGCAUUACGCUGGACGCGUUGACUACUCUGCAGCCAAGUGGCUCAUGAAGAACAUGGACCCGUUGAACGAGAACAUUGUGUCGCUUCUGCAGGGUUCGCAGGAUCCGUUCGUUGUGAACAUCUGGAAGGAUGCGGAGAUCGUUGGCAUGGCACAGCAGGCUCUCACUGAUACCCAGUUUGGGGCCCGCACCCGCAAGGGCAUGUUCCGUACCGUGUCCCAUCUGUAUAAGGAGCAGCUGGCAAAGUUGAUGGACACGCUGCGUAACACGAACCCGAACUUUGUGCGCUGUAUCAUACCUAACCACGAGAAGCGCGCCGGCAAGAUCGAUGCUCCCUUGGUGCUCGACCAGUUGCGUUGCAAUGGCGUGCUCGAGGGCAUUCGCAUCUGCCGGCAGGGCUUCCCUAAUCGCAUACCCUUCCAGGAGUUCCGCCAACGCUACGAACUGCUCACGCCUAAUGUGAUUCCCAAAGGUUUCAUGGACGGAAAGAAGGCCUGCGAGAAGAUGAUUCAGGCGCUGGAGCUCGAUUCGAACCUGUAUCGAGUGGGUCAGUCGAAGAUCUUUUUCCGCGCUGGUGUCCUCGCUCAUUUAGAGGAGGAGCGUGAUUUCAAGAUUUCCGACCUGAUCGUCAACUUCCAGGCCUUCUGCCGUGGCUUUCUCGCACGUCGCAACUACCAGAAACGCCUGCAGCAGCUUAACGCCAUUCGUAUUAUCCAACGUAAUUGUGCCGCCUACCUAAAGCUUCGCAACUGGCAAUGGUGGCGUCUCUAUACAAAAGUCAAGCCUCUAUUAGAGGUAACUAAACAGGAAGAGAAGCUCGUUCAGAAAGAGGAUGAGCUGAAGCAGGUGCGCGAGAAGCUUGAUACUCUAGCCAAGAACACUCAGGAGUACGAGCGCAAGUACCAGCAAGCUCUGGUGGAGAAGACCACUCUAGCAGAACAGCUACAAGCCGAGAUCGAACUAUGCGCUGAAGCCGAGGAAUCGCGUUCGCGCUUGAUGGCGCGCAAACAGGAAUUGGAGGAUAUGAUGCAGGAGCUGGAGACGCGCAUCGAGGAAGAGGAGGAACGUGUUCUUGCCCUAGGAGGCGAGAAAAAGAAAUUGGAGCUGAAUAUUCAAGACCUUGAAGAACAGCUAGAGGAAGAGGAGGCCGCCCGUCAGAAAUUACAAUUAGAGAAGGUGCAGCUCGACGCCAAGAUUAAAAAGCACGAAGAAGAUCUCGCUCUUACUGACGACCAGAACCAAAAACUUCUAAAGGAGAAGAAACUGUUGGAAGAGCGAGCUAACGAUCUGUCCCAGACCCUUGCUGAGGAGGAGGAGAAGGCAAAACACCUGGCAAAGCUGAAGGCCAAACACGAGGCAACGAUUGCAGAGCUUGAGGAACGCAUGCACAAGGAUCAGCAGCAGCGACAGGAGUCCGAUCGAUCCAAGCGAAAAAUCGAAACCGAAGUUGCAGACCUUAAAGAGCAGCUCAACGAGCGCCGUGUCCAGGUAGAUGAGAUGCAGGCUCAGCUGGCCAAGCGCGAGGAAGAACUUACUCAGACUUUGUUGCGAAUCGACGAGGAAUCUGCCACAAAGGCCGCCGCACAGAAGGCUCAGCGCGAGCUGGAGUCACAACUUGCCGAGAUUCAGGAAGAUCUAGAGGCGGAAAAGGCGGCGCGUGCCAAGGCGGAGAAGGUGAGACGCGACCUAAGUGAGGAACUGGAGGCCCUCAAGAAUGAGUUGCUUGACUCCUUGGACACCACAGCAGCUCAACAGGAACUGCGUUCUAAGCGCGAACAAGAGUUGGCCACGCUAAAAAAGUCGCUGGAAGAGGAGACUGUAAACCACGAAAGUGUAUUGGCCGAUAUGCGCCACAAACAUUCGCAGGAGCUUAACGGCAUUAACGACCAGCUAGAAAACCUUCGCAAAGCCAAGACAGUCCUUGAAAAGGCAAAAGGUACCUUGGAGGCCGAGAACGCUGACCUGGCCACUGAACUGCGUAGCGUCAACAGCUCUCGCCAAGAGAACGAUCGCCGGCGCAAGCAGGCAGAAUCGCAGAUUGCUGAAUUGCAGGUAAAGCUGGCUGAGAUUGAACGUGCUCGUUCGGAACUGCAGGAGAAGUGCACAAAACUGCAACAGGAGGCAGAAAACAUAACAAACCAGCUGGAGGAAGCAGAAUUGAAGGCUUCGGCUGCAGUCAAGUCUGCGAGCAAUAUGGAAUCGCAGCUCACAGAAGCUCAACAGCUGUUGGAGGAAGAAACGCGCCAGAAGUUGGGUCUCAGCUCAAAGCUGCGUCAGAUCGAAUCUGAAAAGGAAGCUCUGCAAGAGCAACUUGAGGAGGAUGAUGAAACGAAGCGCAACUUCGAACGUAAGCUGGCUGAGGUGACCGCCCAAAUGCAGGAGAUUAAGAAGAAGGCCGAAGAGGACGCGGAUCUGGCCAAGGAACUGGAGGAGGGUAAAAAGCGACUUAAUAAGGACAUUGAGGCCUUGGAGCGUCAGGUCAAGGAACUUAUUGCCCAGAAUGACCGUCUCGAUAAAAGCAAAAAGAAGAUUCAAUCAGAGCUUGAAGAUGCCACCAUUGAGUUGGAGGCGCAACGCACGAAGGUGCUGGAAUUGGAGAAGAAACAAAAGAACUUCGACAAGAUCCUUGCUGAGGAGAAAGCCAUAUCAGAACAGAUUGCGCAGGAGCGCGACACUGCAGAACGGGAGGCACGUGAAAAGGAGACAAAGGUGCUGUCGGUUUCUCGCGAGCUAGACGAAGCCUUUGACAAGAUAGAAGACCUCGAGAAUAAGCGCAAGUCCCUCCAAAACGAGCUCGACGACCUGGCCAACACACAAGGCACUGCCGAUAAGAACGUCCACGAACUGGAGAAGGCGAAGAGGGCGCUAGAGUCUCAACUGAUUGAACUAAAAGCACAAAACGAAGAACUCGAAGACGAUCUUCAGCUAACAGAAGACGCAAAACUGCGCCUUGAAGUCAACAUGCAGGCCUUACGGUCCCAGUUCGAACGCGAUUUGUUGGCUAAAGAAGAAGGCGCCGAGGAAAAAAGACGCGGACUUGUUAAGCAACUGAGGGAUCUGGAGACCGAAUUGGACGAGGAACGUAAACAGCGCACGGCCGCUGUGGCUGCGAAAAAGAAGUUGGAGGGUGACCUGAAGGAAAUCGAGACCACAAUGGAAAUGCAUAAUAAGGUGAAGGAGGAUGCAUUGAAGCACGCGAAGAAGCUGCAAGCACAAGUCAAAGACGCAUUGCGCGACGCCGAGGAGGCCAAGGCCGCCAAGGAGGAACUGCAGGCGUUAAGUAAGGAGGCCGAGCGUAAAGUAAAGGCUUUGGAGGCAGAAGUAUUACAACUUACCGAGGAUCUGGCCAGCUCAGAGAGGGCGCGCCGUGCUGCCGAAACGGAACGCGACGAGCUGGCCGAGGAAAUCGCCAAUAAUGCCAAUAAGGGGUCCUUGAUGAUCGAUGAGAAGCGCCGAUUGGAGGCCCGCAUCGCCACACUUGAGGAGGAGCUGGAGGAGGAACAGUCCAACUCUGAGGUUCUGCUUGAUCGUAGCCGCAAAGCGCAGUUGCAGAUUGAGCAGUUGACCACAGAACUUGCCAAUGAGAAAUCCAAUUCUCAGAAGAAUGAAAACGGCCGAGCUCUGCUCGAACGCCAGAACAAGGAACUGAAGGCAAAACUAGCCGAAAUCGAGACAGCGCAGCGCACUAAGGUAAAGGCCACGAUCGCUACGCUCGAGGCCAAAAUUGGAAACCUCGAGGAGCAGCUUGAGAACGAGGGCAAGGAACGGCUAUCGCAGCAGAAGGCCAAUCGCAAGAUGGACAAGAAAAUCAAGGAGCUAACGAUGAACAUCGAAGACGAACGAAGACAUGUUGAUCAGCACAAGGAGCAAAUGGAUAAGCUGAACAGCCGCAUUAAGCUGCUUAAGCGCAACCUGGACGAGACCGAAGAGGAGUUGCAGAAGGAAAAGACGCAGAAGCGCAAGUACCAGCGGGAAUGCGAGGAUAUGAUCGAAUCGCAAGAAGCCAUGAAUCGUGAAAUUAACUCUCUUAAAACGAAGCUACGGCGUACCGGCGGCAUCGGUAUCAGCUCCAGCCGGCUCACGGGCACACCUUCAUCGAAGCGCGCGGGAGGCGGAGGUGGCGGCGGUGGCGACGACUCAUCGGUGCAGGAUGAAUCAUUAGAUGGAGAGGAUUCUGGCAAUUGACGAGUUAAUUAUUAAAUGAACAUAAAGUUGAAGCGGAGGAAGAAGGUGAAGAUGAUAAGCAAAAUAAACGAUUAUAUUUAAUGUUUCUUUUAUAUAAUUUCUCUGUUAUUUUUUAUAUAAACUAUUAUUAAAACGUAAACAAACAAAACCAUAAUUUUUAUAACGAAAAAUAUAAACUAAAAAGAAAAUACAAUGUUGUAAAACACUCCCACUAUUUACAAAUCAUAAACACAAUAAUUUGACCAUCCCUCGAACGGCUGCGGAUUAAAGAAGCCAACGAAGUAAAGUUUAUAUAUUAAACAGAAAAAUUAGCAGUGAGACGCGUUAGCUCUGAACUACACAAACCAUCAAAGAUCAUUUUAAAGAGACUAAAUCAGCAAGACACUCAUUUCCACAUUUUUAGUAACCUAUUAGAAGUAAUCAAUGCAAUAUGUAAUUUAUGCAUUUAACAACUAAAAUGGUUUUCAAAAAGAAACAACAGAAAAUCAAAUGUUGAACACAGAACUAAUAUACGAAUUUUGUUUUUGUUUACAACUAAACAAUAAAAUAUUUGCUACAUGAAA